UUCCCAGACCUGGCAUUCACAAAAGUACAGUUGCGCGCGCGCGCUCAGUGCAAACCCGAAAAAGUCCCAGCACAACAGAACAUUUACAUCUGGUGCAGAGAUCACCAUAUUUUAGCACGGGGGAAAAUAACAUAAUUGGCUUGUCGAUAGGCUUGAUGUGUUUAUUUUGUUAUGCCUUUGACCUACUGCUACAUUAGAAAAUGGCGGAGUCGGAUGGUGGGGAUUUCGCCUCGAAUCGUCCGCAGAACAGGUAAGGGAGAAUUCUCUCCAGAACGAUGCACAGUGGACACUGGGGUUGUCUCCAGACUUCCAUGUCACACCCAGGAACAUUUUGCGGUGCGGUCAUUUUCUCUCCAAGCCCGGGGAAAGGGUCAGAGCACACCCUUUCCUCUCCAGGUUGCGGAGAGAGCUCGUCAUAAUCGGUGUCAGUCAAUGUCCGGAUGAAAACCUCAUACACCCCAUCACAGGGCAGACACUCCUGCAGAGCGCCCCCCAUAGGAACAGCAGAGGAGCAGGAAGGAGACAGACAGGCCUCCAACACUCCAUCCUCAACAGGGCCUGACUGUAUGGCUAACCAGAAUAGCACCCUGCGUUGCACGUUCUCAGCCCCAAGCCAUAGCGCCACUCUCCUGCAGGGCUUGUCGGUCCUGCGAGUCCAGGGGCAGCUCCUGGAUGUGGUGCUGGCCAUCAAUGAGGAGCGCUUCCAGGUUCACAAGGCAGUGCUGGCCUCCUGCAGUGACUACUUCAGAGCCAUGUUCACCGGAGGCAUGAGGGAGUCAAACAAGGACACCAUUGAGCUGAAAGGCUUGUCUGCCCGCGGCCUGAAACACAUAAUUGACUUUGCUUACAGCGCAGACGUCACACUUGACCUGGACUGCAUUCAGGAUGUACUGGGAGCAGCUGUCUUUCUCCAGAUGGUCCCAGUCGUGGAGCUCUGUGAGGAGUUCCUCAAGUCAGCCAUGAGCGUAGAGACCUGCCUGAACAUUGGCCAGAUGGCCACCACCUUCAACCUGUCCUCCCUCAAGGAGUCUGUGGACACCUUUACCUGCCGCCACUUCCUGCAGAUCGCUGAGGAGGAGGACUUCCUGCACAUUCCCAUGGAGCGCCUGGUCUUCUUCCUGCAGAGCAACAAGCUGAAGAACUGCAGCGAGAUCGACCUGUUCCACGCUGCCAUCCGCUGGCUGCAGCACGACGAGGCCCGCCGGGCRGGAGCCAACAAAGUGCUCUGCCACGUACGAUUCCCCCUCAUGCGCUCCUCGGAGCUGGUGGACAGCGUGCAGACGGUGGAAAUCAUGGUAGAGGACGUGCUGUGCAGGCAGUACCUCCUGGAGGCCUUCAACUUCCAGAUCCUCCCCUUUCGUCAGCACGAGAUGCAGUCCCCUCGGACCAUGAUCCGCUCCGAAGUAGUUUCGCUCAUUACCUUUGGUGGGACACCCUACACUGACAAUGACCGUACUGUGAGCAGUAAGGUGUUCUAUCUUCCAGACAUUGCAGCGCGUCAGUUCAAGGAACUAACGGAGGCGGAGACAGGUUCCAGCCACGCCUGUGUAUCGGUGCUGGACAACUUUGUUUACGUAGUAGGCGGGCAGCACCUGCAGUACCGCAGCGGCGAAGGGGCGGUAAACAUCUGCUUCCGCUAUGACCCGCACCUGAGCCAAUGGCUGCGCAUCCAACCGAUGCAGGAGGGGCGCAUUCAGUUCCAGCUCAACGUUCUUCAAGGACAACUCUACGCCACUGGGGGGCGCAACCGAUCUGGAAGUCUGUCGUCCGUAGAGUGCUACUGUCCCAAGAAAAAUGAGUGGACCUACGUGGAACCACUGAAACGCAGAAUCUGGGGKCAUGCAGGAACUCCCUGUGGUGACAAGCUCUACAUCUCAGGGGGUUACGGUGUCUCGGUGGACGAUAAGAAAGCCCUGCACUGUUAUGAUCCCACAUCUGACCAAUGGGACUUCAAAUCGCCCAUGAACGAGCCCAGAGUGCUUCAUGCUAUGAUCACCGCCAAAGACCGUGUUUACUGCCUGGGUGGUCGCAUGGACCAUGUGGACCGCUGCUUUGACGUCCUGGUGGUUGAGUAUUAUAUUCCAGAGAAUGACCAGUGGACCACUGUUAGCCCCAUGKGAGCAGGGCAAUCUGAGGCAGGCUGCUGCUUGUUGGACAAAAAGAUCUAUAUUGUUGGAGGGUACAAUUGGCAUCUUAACAAUGUCACAAGCAUCGUGCAAGUGUACAACACAGAGGCUGAUGAGUGGGAGAGGGACUUGCACUUCCCUGAGUCUUUUGCAGGAAUUGCGUGUACGCCGAUCAUACUUCCACAAACCACCACGCAACGGUAAUCCCUCCGCCCAAAGUGACUGACAAUUUAAUUCCAUGGGUGAUUCCUCACAAAACUGAAAACAAAAAAGAUACCAUGAUUUGGGGGAUUUUUAGUCAAUUUAAUCCACAGAAGGGUCCUUUGGAAGAAGGAUGGAUGACACAUAUAGUGCCUUCAGAAAGUAUUCACACCCCUUGACUUUUUCCACAACUUGUUGUGUUACAGCCUGAAUUUAAA